CGGGCGGGGUUAAGGUCACGUCACAGAUAAUAACCGGUCACGUCGGAUUUUUAGCCUUAUGAAACGACUGAAGACUCAAAUCGAGGUCACUCUUUGUAUGGCUGAGAUUUAGAGGCAGAUGUGAACCAAGUGAAAGCCCUGCCAUCAAUCCCCAGCACAUCCAUGUGUAUAAUUUUCUUCAAGUUUGACCCCCGGCCUGCAUCCAAAAAUGCCUACAGGCUAAUUUUGGCUGCAAACAGAGAUGAGUUCUACAACAGGCCAUCCAAAGCUGCAGACUUCUGGGGGGCCAGCAAUGAGAUCCUCAGUGGUCUGGACUUGGAGCUAGGGAAGGAAGGGGGGUCAUGGCUGGGGAUCAGCAAGAGGGGCAAGCUGGCUGCCAUCACCAACUACAUGGAGGGACGUCCUAACCCUGAUGCACAAGGACGAGGAUUUCUAGUGUCUCACUAUUUAAUGGACAAGGAUCAGGACAGCUACUCCUACCUGAAGAAGGUGUCGUCAGAAGGCCACCUGUACAAUGGGUUUAACCUCAUCACAGCUGAGUUCAAAGCUAAACAAGACAUUGUGUGUUACUAUGGAAACAGAGGCAGCCCUGAACCCAUCCAUCUAAAUCCAGCAGGAAUCUACGGCUUGAGCAACUCGCUGCUGGAUACUCCAUGGAAGAAACUGCUGAAAGGCAAGCAACACUUCACCAGCGUCGUCAGCGACCAGACGCUCUCUUGUGAUGGGCUGGUGCAAGAGCUGCUCAGUGUCCUUAAUAAUGAGGAGCUGAACACACCUGAUCCAAUUCAGGAGACUCAGGGUGAUGGUUAUAGCAAGUCCAUGAUCCAGGCUCUGUCAGCCGUGUGUGUUCGCUCCCCUCAUUAUGGAACAAGGUCAGAGCCUUCCUCACUCACCAGAUAUCAUUUCUCUCUCCCCCCCUUAUGUGUUCACUGGUGGUGACUGACACUGCUGUGC